GUUCCUCCACUCCCUAAUAAGGUCAUACCCCAAUGGAGUCCCCAAAACUAUUUUUAGUAAUCUUACUAACUUUUGCUAGUUCUUUUGAUGCAGCAUUGGACCCGAAAAAUCCACCGGUCACUUACACUUGUGACAACUAUCCAGAAAUUUGUCAGGUGAAGGGAAGCGUUAAGAAUCACUGUUGCGAGAAGGCAUGUGUGGACGUCAAGACGGACCUGCUCAACUGCGGAGCGUGCGGGCAUAAGUGCGGGUACGGUGAGCUCUGUUGCGAUGGGGAUUGCAUUAGUGUCAUGACGAAUCGAAAAAAUUGCGGGAUGUGCGGCAACAAGUGCAAGGACAAGGAGAGGUGUUGUAAUGGGAAAUGCGUUAAUAAGAGGACGGACCCGUUGAACUGUGGGAAGUGCGGGCAUAAGUGCGGGUACGGCGAGAUCUGUUGUGAAGGGCAUUGCAUUAAUGUCAUGACGGAUAAGAAAAACUGUGGGAUGUGUGACAAUAAGUGCAAGGACAAGGAGAUGUGUUGUAACGGGAAAUGCGUUAAUAAGAAGACGGACCCGUUGAACUGUGGGAAGUGCGGGCAUAAGUGCGGGUACGGCGAGAUCUGUUGUGAAGGGCAUUGCAUUAAUGUCAUGACGGAUAAGGAAAACUGCGGGAUGUGCGACAAUGAGUGCAAGGACAAGGAGAUGUGUUGUAACGGAAAAUGCCUUAAUAAGAGGACGGACCCGUUGAACUGCGGGACAUGCGGGCAUAAGUGCGAGCAAAAUGAGAGCUGUUGUAAAAGCAAGUGUGUGAAUUUGAAUACUAAUAAGAAGCACUGUGGUGGGUGCGAUAAGAAGUGCAAAAAAGACGACGUUUGCGAGUUUGGGAUGUGCAAUUAUGCAUGAUCAAUGUUUAAUCCAAAGUUGGGGGAUGUUACAAUAAAAAAAUUAUACAUAAUAAAUGUACUGUUGCAUGUUUUGCUUUGUAAUUGGAGCCAUAGUGUAUUUUUUUUUUUU